AUGUACAAGAAGAUGAAACUGACAGAUGACGAAAUUAGAAAUUUGCUUGAGAGUUCAGGCAAUGAAUUUAGUGGUGAACUAUACGAAAGCUCAAGCAGUGAAACUGAAGAUGUAGUCAUGGAAAUUCCAGAUCAAGUAGUUUCUGACAGCAGCGAGUUGGAUGAAAGUGAACAGGAUACACACAAGGAAUGGACAAAGAACUACCUGACAAAGAGUUCUGGAAGAAAUAAGUACCUGAAAGAUCUUGCUCGUGAACUUUGUGACCUCAACAUGAAAAGACACGCUCAAAAUGCUGUAGGCCUACACUCAAAAUACACUACAGCAUUAUCAACUUUUGGGUAUGAGUGUAAUCAAAAUCAAGGUGCUGUGAGCAGAGGAAACAACGUUAUGGAGCCGCGAUGGAAAGUAACACGUGCAGCUGUGCAUAAUCUGCCAAAGAAAGGACACUGUUACUUAUGCACCAGAAGCAAAGACCAUUCUAGUGGUUACGAUGAAAUAUCAACAAAGUUAAUUAAGGAACUUCCAAAGGCUGUGUACCUCCUCAUUGGUGCAGAAUUUUGUGAAAGAUUUUCCUUUUGUGGCAUAAGAACAAUAUUGUCGCUGUAUCUGAGGAAUAACUUACUAUUUGAUGAAAAUACUUCCACAGUUAUAUAUCAUGUAUUCAUAAUGCUAUGCUACGUAGUUCCAUUGGUUGGAGCCAUUUUAGCAGACAGUUUCUUGGGAAGAUACAAAACAAUCUUGUAUUUUUCUCUCAUAUACACUGCUGGAAACAUCUUACUGUGUCUUGCUGCCAUUCCUCCAAUUUCUCUUCCUCCAGUAUCAUGUUCAUUGAUUGGACUGUUACUUGUAGCUGUUGGAUCAGGUGGAAUAAAGCCUUGUGUUGCAGCGUUUGGAGGAGACCAGUUCCACUUGCCAGAGGAAGAAGAACUGCUUGACAAAUUUUUUUCCUAUUUCUACUUCAGCAUUAAUUUUGGUGGAUUCAUUGGAAUGAUAUUUACACCCAUUUUACGCAAAUCAUUUAUGUGCUUUGGAGAUGAUCAGUGCUAUGCAGUUGGAUUUGGGUUCCCAGCUCUACUUGUCAUAUUGUCAUUGUAUCUGUAUGUUUUUGGUAAGGAUCUAUUCAGAAUCAGAUGUCCAAAGGAAAACAUUAUACUGAAGUUUAUAUGCUGUACGUAUUAUGCUGUUAAAAGAAGACUGGAAUCUAAAGUCCUUUACACUGAUCACUGGCUGGAUGCAGCUAUUGAAAAAUACAGUGAGAAGUUAAUAGAUGAUAUGAAAAUUGUGUUCGGAAUUUUUUUUCUAUUUAUUCCAGUUCCAUUAUUUUGGAGCUUAUUUGAUCAACAGGGUUCACGGUGGACAUUUCAAGCUUCACGUAUGCGUGGGGAUUUUCUGGGAAUGCAGCUGAUACCAGAUCAGAUGCAGGUCUUAAAUCCUGCAAUUGUUCUGGUACUAAUUCCCUUGUUUGACAGAUCAAUUUAUCCUGUAAUUGGAUAUAACAACACAGUGUCAUCACUUUUGACAAAAAUGUUUGCUGGUGGCAUCAUUGCAAGUUUUGCUUUCAUCACUUCUGGAGCGAUAGAGAUUAAACUAGAGGAAUCGUACCCAGUCCUUCCUGAAAAAGACAGUACUCAUUUGAACUUCAUCAAUACCGUGCCAUGUAGAAUUGAAAUUGUUAAUCCUUUCAAUGGCUUACAAAUAGUUAAUGGUUCUUCAAACUUUGUAUUUAAGAAUGUGAACAUAAAAAAUAUAACUGCUUAUGACUUCAUGGUUUUUGCUCCAUCUGAAUGUAGUCACUUGUUGAUUACUCAACAACAGCUAUACAUUAAUGUGUUAACCUCUGAACAACAGGUAGAGGAGAUAAUUAUAUGUGCAGUAAAUUCUCAGCUAAUGGCCUACGUUACACAGUUUGAAGAUCUGAACAAAACUCUGAGUGGAAAAUCGAAAAUUAGGUACAGUUCAGAAUAUAUGGAUCUUCAGUAUCGUAUGAUAAAAAAUCACUUACAUAAGAGGCAGGAAUGUGCCUCCAAAUUCAGCAGUUGUAUUCAAAGGAGGUACUGGCAUUCAGGAUCUUAAUUUCACUCAAGGAGAGACAUUUAGUACUACAGAAUUUACAGAGCUUGAAGCAGGAAAGUACACUUACUGCUUGAGUGUUGAUAACAGUAUGAGUUCAGCCACCUGUUCAGAAGUGCUUCUGCAUCCAGGAGGAGUUUACAUUUUAAUUCUUCAGCAAGAAGGCUAUAGUUUUGUGAGAUCAGCUUCAGGGAAGGAAAUAGAGGCAUAAAACGCUUAUGUGAAUUUUGUCUGUACUCUGACUCUUUCUCCAAGCUGUGAAGUCAGUGGUUCCAAGGAAAAUGGUACCACAG